UCAUGUCCCCUUUAAUGUAACCAUAAGCCUUUCAGAAGUGAAACUUGGAAAAGAAAAAAAAGUCAUACCACACACAACGAUGCACGGUGUGCUUGGAAGCUGAUCAACUUCAGAGGGCAGACAUGUUUCAUCAACUGUCAGGAACAUCUUGUCCUGGUCUUCACCGAAAUGGCUCAAAAGAAGCAUCACACAUGCAGGAAUAUCAGCAUCUAGAUGCUUAGCUUUGGCAAUUGCCAUACCUGUUAGGAUGUCUUCAGUUUUUCUUUUUUUCUCACAGGACAGGAGAUAUGAAACGACUCUCCCACAUUUGCUUGACAGAGCUUCUCUAUCAACAUCCACACCUGUUAGUUCUUUAAAGUGAGCAAUCAUGCCACACAUUUCGAACAGAUAUGGCCACUCUGUGAUCAGAAGAGGGGUUUCCAUUCCGCUUAUUAUGUCACUUCUUUGAGUAAAGAAAGUUGACACCAUUUUCUUUUCAACACUUUUGGUAUCCUUGCUUCGAUUUUUGUGCAUGUUUUUUAAGUCUUCUUUCGUACAUUUCUGUGUCUCCAUGGUUUCACCCAGUGGCAUUCGCUUUGGUUGCCAAUUUACACAGCCAUAUGUAUCAACUCUGAUCUUCUUUAAAGGUACGUCUUCUCCCUCCUCACUUGUGCUAGAUGCUUGUCUUUUUAAGGAAAGGGAAGUUUUCCCCCUUUUAAGAUUGUCAGCUCUGCUCUGCAGCUGCUUGGUUAAUGAAUCAUAACCACUGCCCACAACUUGACCUUCAAUGACGUCUCUGAAUGACAGAGGGUAGGCUGAAACAAUCUUCCUAGCGAUUGCAUCAAAGUGUUUCUUCCCUGGUGUGGGGCAGAUGGUUAGGACCUCUCCUACCACCAGGCGGAUCAUCUCGCGCCUUUCCCGUCCUGUUGGCCGCUCUUUGUUUUGGAGUUUUCUCAUAAUCCCUGAUGGUAUUUUACUCCAUGGGAGUUCAAAAGUAAAGUGCCAGUUGUUGUCUACUGGAGUUAAUCUAUGAGGAGCUGAAAAUGCAGUUGAGCUUGAGCUAGACAGUGGAGAGUUGGGAUCAUUUUCAUAGCGUUCACCUGAAGAGGACACAAAAGUAUUUAAAAAUAGUGAUACAUUUUUGCAUUAGCCAUUGGCCCUGAACAAAACUUCUACAACAUACAGAAAAUGUGGGAAAAAGAAAACACAUGACCUAUGGUUUAUGGUUAGCCAAUAACAAAAUUACAAAUUGUAUCUACUGUGCAUUGAUAGCAACAGCAUCUGUUUCCAAUAAAGGGGCUGACUAAAUCAGAAUGGUAUAAGAAUCAUACAAGAAUUUUCAAAUUCAGAUCACGAAAAGGGUCUCAAUUCCCCAUACCGAGUCUCAAUUAACUUCUUUAGCAUUAAGUUAUCAAGCUAUAUAUAUAUAUUUUUUUUAAAUUGGCUAACGUGAAAUUAUAGCGAGAUCAUGAGGUGUUCAAUGUAUUCUUGUAAUGUAAUGUAGUUAUGAGCUAAAAAAAUAGUUUGAAGGAGAAAUUUGAUCAUUUAUCUAACAGGCGGAAGAUAUGUAGCCCAUGAUACAGGGUUGUGGUAAGAGAGAGCUGUGGCAUACGCUUUCACACAGCAAUAUAAAAUUCAUAUCACAGAAGAAUUAUGACCUGUUUAACUUCCCAACACUACUUCCUUAUAACAUAAAUAAUCUAAUAUCAAUGUUUGUUUCUGUAAAAUAAAAUAUUUAAAUCUAAAUGAAACAAUGUAUGUCUUACUAAUUUGUAUUGUGUACUUUUUUGACCAGAUGAAAACACGAUUAAGGAUAAAAUUAAACCAUUUGGAUGGUGUGCAAGUGAAAAAAAGUUUGAAUUGAAUAUUAAUACAUCAUAUGACUUUUUAGAACUAUGUACAAUGCAAGAAUAAUAAUAAUAUGAAAAAAUAUGCAGUUUUUAUAAAUUUACCCCAGACAAAUUCUCAAACAUACUUGAGGAUGAAUAGUCUAUGCCUGGCAUUACACUUGUCAUCAUUCCACUGGGUGUGGCUGUAGUGCUCAUCAUUCCACUGGGUGUGGCUGUAGUGCUCAUCAUUCCACUGGGUGUGGCUGUAGUGCUCAUCAUUCCACUGGGUGUGGCUGUAGUGCUCAUCAUUCCACUGGGUGUGGCUGUAGUGCUCAUCAUUCCACUGGGUGUGGCUGUAGUGCUUUGUGAAUCAGCUCUGGGUGAUGGGUCAGGAUUCUCACUGACAUUCUUUUCAGCUGGAUACAAGACAAAAUUGGAAUUAUGGUUCUUCCAUCUCUAAUUUUGUUAAAGAAAAUAUUGCAAAUAGGAUUAUCUCAAAUAUUGUUGUUUAUUUUUUUCCCCACACAUACACACAUUUUUAUAACUCAAAAAAAAAAAUUAUACUUACAUAAAGCUUUAACACGUGCAAUGAGUUUUCUAGCUUCCACUGGCCUCAGGACAUUGACCAGGGGGGUAUUCCAGAAAGCGGGUCAAGUGACAAAACCGGGUAAGUAAACUCUGAGUUAACGGAAACUCAGAGUUUUCUGAGAGAGUUUUCUCUCUUCCCCUCAGUUGUCCAACUCCCCCUCCCUCUGUCGUCCAACUCCCCCUCCCUCUGUCGUCCAACUCCCCCUCCCUCAGUCGUCCAACUCCCCCUCCCUCAGUCGUCCAACUCCCCCUCCCUCAGUCGUCCAACUCCCCCCUCCCUCAGUCGUCCGAACCCCCUCCCUCAGUCGUCCAAACCCCCUCGCCGCUGCUGCAGCUCUCGCACCCCUGGCGCGGCACCAACUUCGCCUCAGCGCCUCGUUUCUCUCGUCUCUCUCGUUUCCCUCUUCCCCUCAGUCGUUCAAACCCUCUCUCUCAGUCAUCCUCCUUCUUUAUUUCUGCGUUCCUCCUGCUGUUCUCCAACAGUGUUGCCAACUUGCCAACUUAGUUUUUGUUUGUUAUUGAGAGUUUAAAUGAACACACAUGCUCUUCAGUUUCUCCUCAGCGAGCAGCAGGUGCUGCCGCUAGCCCCGCCCACGUCACUCACAGCACAGUCUCAGUCAGACCACACACUCACACCGCUCUUCAAACACGCUGCAACGAACUGCGCAUACCUAAAGCCGCCGCUGACUGUCAAAAAAAAAAAAAAAAAAACUUAAUCAUGUAAUUUACGUUAAAAUGGAGUUAUUUUCAGAAGUCUCUGCCUAUUUAUAAAAGCAACAGACGUAGUUCAUUUGUUAGAGUUCAUUUGUAACAUUCUAACAUUUAAGGGGUUUUAAUCACAAAUUGCAGCCAAUGGCUACUUUCCUUACUGAGCAGUUGGCAACACUAUUCUCCAACCCGUCCCUUCCAGCCAGCCUUUCUCCUUCCUUUACUCCGUCAAUUCUCUCCCCGCCUCCUCUCUCGCCGUUUCUCACCGGGCUGCAGCACCCGCUCAGCUCCUUGCUGGAGCUUCAUGACCUUCAUUCUCCAUCUACAGCGCCGCCCCCUCUCAGCUCGCGCUGCGGUUCAUCUCCAACACUGGAACCCUGCUACAUUCCAAGACGCCCCGGAUCUGGAACUUCAUUGACGUGUGUUUGCGGGACGAAGCUCCCCAUCCCGCGAUGGGCCUGGCUGUCUAAGGCUGACGUGGUUUCGGCUUUCAAAAUCCUCCCUCUCCAUCCUGACUCCUGGCGCCUUUUCAGAGUCCGUUUUUCAGUUCACCUUGCUUUCGGGUGCAAAGUAACCCCAAGCUUCGACUCCUUUGCUAAGGCGCUCUGCUGGAUUUGCUUAACACGGCCCCAGUUCGUGCUCUACCUCCUGGGUAACUUCGUCAUCGGUCCUCCUUCCUCGCCCCUCUCGAUGGGUCUUGAAGCCAUGACCAGCGCUUUCACUCACCUCCGUGCCCCGCCGUCGGAGAACUCCGUUGGUCCCUCCACAUCUCUCGAGUUUCUUGGGAUCUUUCUGGACUCCGCCUCCUUUCAAGUCUCCCCGCCCGUACCUAGCACCGUCUUUCCCCCCUCGGCCACUUUAUUCACAACCCAAAAUCGAACCCAGGGUCGUUCUUUCAUUUCCCGCCUCCUCCUUUUGGCUUUUUCGUCCGAGCCCUCCACCAUUCGUUAUGCUCAACUGAUACUGCACGUCAGAGCUCCAUUUCUGGCUGUGCCUCCUCUGCAAUCGAACGGGUUUUUCUUCUACGCCAACGCAGCUUCCAGCUCUUUUGAUAUUAAGCUAUUCACAGAUGCCGCUCCUUCCUCUGGUCGCUUCUGCUUGGCCGGAGAACUUCAUCUGCUCCGCCGCGCGAUUCUUCUGCGCUCUCUGGACUUAUAUGCGGUCCUCGUCGCUGCCCUCCUUUGGGGACAUGAAUGGUCAAAAUCUAUUCUACUCCACUCUGAUCAAUCUCGCCGCAGUCCACAUCAAAAAAAAAAAAAAAAAAUUGCUCCAAAUCGCUAGAAAUCUUGCCUUUUAUCCGUCGUCUCACUUGGCACUCCAUUAAGCAUCAGUUCACCACUAAAGCUGUUCACACCUCAGGUCCAUUUAAUUCUAUCGCUUCUAUUCUAUUCUUUUUCGUUUUCAGUUACAGAAAUUCAGAUCCUUGGCUCCGCAUGCAAAUGCAACCCAACCUCGGUACCUUCAUUUUCACAAACUACACUUCACCUAACCCCCGUGUAAACGAACUGAUCUUCCAAGCUCAACAAACCAUCCUUUCAGCCGUCCUUCUACUUAGAUUCCUCAGAUGCUCAGAAUUUACUUCCCUUAAAAUCUCCCACAACUCCUUCUCAGCCCCUAAUUUCAGAUCUCAUCAUCCUUGACUCAGAUACCCUUACCUUCAAGAAUGAAGCAAACGGACCAAAUUGGCAAAAACCACGAUCCUCUAUCUAUUCAAACUUGACUCACCCCUCAGCCCGUACGAACCACUCGUCCACCACUUAAUCUCCGCCUCUUUCAACAAGCAUCACCUUUAGAUCCUCUGUUCACAACGGAAUCUAGUAGUAUAAUCUCAAAGCACUGGUUCCAACACAUCUCAGUCGCAUCCUUUCUCCCAGUAGUUACUCACCAGAUCAAUUCUCCGCCCACUCAGUUUACAUCGUGCAGCACCCAACGCCUCCAGACAAGGAAUCUCCGAGCACACGAUCAAGCUCCACGGCCGGUGGUCUUCCCAAGCUUAUAACCUAUACAUCCGUUCCCAACCAGACGGUUUGAGACAGGCUCAUUCCAAACUAGCUUCCACACAAGCUCCAAUUUUGGGGAUAUAACUGCACGCUUCUUCAAGCACGCAGUUCAGAACUCCAGCCCAAAUUUCCCUGAGUUCCCUCCCCUUUUUCCUUCUUCUUUCUCUACUUCUUUAGGCGUGGUCCGCACUUAGCAAACAGAGAAUAACGCUUUGUAAUGUGGACGAAAACAGGCAAUACACGGUGUGUGUGUGUGUGUGUGUGUGUGAGCAGUCCUUAUACAACAGGUAAUCAGUAUUCAGGACUUCCUGGCCGGGGCAGGUGAGGUGUCACGUGAUCAGCAGAGGGUGUGGUGCAUUCUGGGUGUUGUAGUUAUCUGAGAAACUCAGUGGAGCUAAGUGUGGAAGGACAGGGAGUGCCUACAACACCAGACGUGACACUAUCAGUGCCCUGAUUCCACCACGCACGGAACUUCCCUUAGGGAAAGAAUGUCAAGUUUGGGCUUAUACAAGAAGCACUCGCUUGAUCAUUCUCUCCUUGCCAAAUUCAGCACUGCAGCAGCAUUGACCUGUGCUUCACGGACAGGGUUCUGCACGAGGACUGCAAGAACUACAUCUCGUUCCUGAAGAACAUCUAGAAGGCGGCGUCAAAACAAGUCAGCAAGGAGACGACCAGGAAUAGAUUCGAUACACUCCAGGAGGCCUCUCCGAAGGAGGCCAUGACUGUGUUGGAUGCUGCAAAGAAAGACUUCCUGGCUGUCAUUGGGAAGCUGCAUGAGGGAGGCCAUCAGUUGACCCUGACAGAGAUGCAGCUGAUCCUCUAUUACCUAGAGGCCAUUGUGAUUCUGGAACAGGGCCAGCGGCCUGGAGUUGUUGAGCACAUGACUGUCACAGAAUGGAUCAGCCGAAGGAGAGAUGACACUCGUCCUGCUUUCGUUGCGGUAGCAGUAAAGGAGCACAAGACUGCUGCCACUCAGGUGGCCACCUUUGUUCUGAGCCAGGAACAGGAGAUGUGGUUCGAUCUCUACUUCACUGAGGUGCGCCCAGUCAUGCUGGGAAGGAAGAGGAAGCGCGUUGAUGAUGACGAUGAGUCAGAUGAGAGGUUCUUCAUCUCCUCCACUGGCAGAACCAUCCACAACGCCUCCAAUGACCUGGAGCGGCUGCACAAGAAGUAUCAGGUGCAGAAGGUGACCAGCCAGAUGGCCAGACGGGCGUAUGAGACAGCCAGGACAUGCCCGAUGCCGAAAAGUCCAAGGUGGCGGGCUACCUCACCCACUCGACGGCCACGGCAGAGAAGCACUACCGGAUGAGAGAGAUAAGCUCAAGGGUAGAUGCGUGCCUGAUCCUGAGGAGACUGCGGGGUGAUUCAGAUAGUGACCAGAGCGACCACACACCUACGGGUUCCGCGGCAUACUUGACCGACCAAGCUGCAUAUGACAAGUUGCUCCGGUCAUAUCCAGUGACGUUGGACGGGGUGCCACCCAAGCGGUCUAAGCGGGUAUCCCUGGCUGGGCAGUACGAACGCUACUGCUACGACCGCUGGCGUAGUGAACAGUUCGAGCUUCGGGUGCAGCAUG